AUGGAUCGCCAUAUGCUAUUAAAAUGGAGUGACCAGGAAGUUUGGCUCAAAGUUCCUAAGCUUAUUGAUCAUGGAUCUGUUCAGACUGAGGAUAAAGCUCAUUCGAUUUAAUACCUUAUAUAUGAAUAUCUAGGAUAAUCACUUUAUGAAUACUUUGAAUAGCUUUUAAACUCAACAAAUGCUAUCUAAGGAAAGGCAAGGAUGACAGAAUAGCUGAUUUAAACAAUGAGCUAAUUGCAUUAAUUGGGUUUCAUUCAUAGAGACGUUAAGCCAGAUAAUUUUAUGGUAUAAGACAAUGAGGUAUAUCUGAUUGAUUUUGGUUGUGUUACUGAAUUUAAUCUUGAGAAUUUUGAGAAAGAAAAGACAUGGUAUCCAGUUGGAACUCCUUUAACUCAAUCAAAAUUUGUUAUGAAUGGAUUUUAUUCUUGCUAAGGAGAUGACUUGAUCUCAACCUUGUACUCUAUAUUAUUUCUUUAAGAUCCAGAUAGCUUGUCCUGGGUUAAUGAUUGCAUUAAUGCAAAAUAGCUUAAUAUUGCAUCUCUUAAUAAAAUUAGAGAUUAAAAAGAAAAAUUGACUGCCAAUUAAAAAUAUUGUGAUGAGAGCUCAAAAGUAAUUAUAAAUCAAAUAAAAUUAUUGGAAUCUCUAAGAGUGGAAGACCCUGAUAAAUUCACAAAAGAUAUAAAUUAUAAUGCUAUUAUAGAAGCAGUUAAAUUGUCUUAUAAAAUUGAACAAGAUGCUUUUGACUACAAUUCAAGAUAAAGUUCUCUUUCGAUAAGGUCUCUUGAUAAUUUAAGUUUGAGAUUGAAACAAAAUUGA